AUGAACUUCGGAAGUGCAUCUACGAGCGGAGGCCCGUCUCCGUUUGGACAGGCAACAUCAGGCUCAAGUGGUGGCCUUUUCGGUAACAUUGGCGCAGGCGGCCAGUCCACAUCGACCUCCUCACCGUCAAUAUUUGGUUCGACUCCUGCCCCAGCAGCAACUGGCAACCUAUUUGGCGCGCAAAAGCCUGCGACCUCGAGCGGUACCUUUAGCUUUACCAAUCCUGGUCAGACGUCUGGUCAGCAGAGCGGCUCUCCUAUCUUUGGUUCAGGAACCGCAACACCAAACAAACCAGCAGACUCCUCAGCCCAGGCACAAAAGCCAUCAGGCCUAUUUGGAGCAGGCAAUCCUACCACAGGAAGCUCGAAUCUCUUUGGAAGUACAACUCCUGCUACCACUAAACCUGGUUUGUUCAAUAACAUAUCAACAACCCCCGCUGGCCCACCACCGCAAGCACAGCCCAGUGCUCAGAAGCUUCCUUCCUUUGGACAGCAAAACUCCGCUCCAUCAGCACUCUUCGGGAAUGCACGCACUUCUAGUCCAUUGUCGACAACAUCUCCCGCCAUCUCAACACCAGCUUUUGGAGCUGGCGUCAGCAUAGGUCAACAGCAGACGAAACCUGCUGGUGGCUUGUUUGGUGCCGCUGGCGGUGCAGCAAAUGCCUCUACCGCAACCCCUGGAAGCAUGUUCGCCAACUUAGGCCAAGCUAAACCAGCUACCGAUACCCCUAAACCGAGCACCAGCACGCCAUUGUUCGGGAAUACUGCGUCUACGACGACAACCGCUCAGCCUUCUGGCUCACUUUUUACACCAUCAUCCGGAGCUUCUACCCAGCCUGCGUUUUCCCUCACACCAGCCUCCACAACAACGAAACCGUCCACAUCCCUGACCGCAGCCCCGACCGCCGGCGGCAACACCCAGAGCUCUCUAUUCUCUCUUGGCAAUCCAGCGUCUACGGCUACACCAGUUGCUACCACAACAGCUACGUCUGGUGGUCUUUUCAGCACUCCUAAGCCAAUCAUAUCUACGGGGUCUACAACACCAGCUACCACCGCCGCUGCCGCGCCCGCAAGCAACAUGUUUGCAAACAUUGGGAAACCAGCCACUACUACAGCAGCUCCGUCCGUCACAGCCACCACGACGACGACAGGUCCUUCGUUGCUUGGUGCCACGGCUGCCACUACUGCAUCGGCAACGCCCGCGACCACCGCGACAGCUUCAGCUCUAGCCAUUACGAAACCAGGAGCUACUGCUACUACAACUGGCACCAACCUUGGGGCGUCAACCGUCGGCCCAGCUCCACCAGCACAAUCUCGUCUGAAAAACAAGACAAUGGACGAGAUUAUCACCCGAUGGGCAACAGACCUUACGAAGUACCAGAAGGAGUUUCAAGAGCAAGCUGAGCAGGUAGCUGAAUGGGAUAGGAUGCUAGUUGAGAAUAGUACUAAGGUGCAAAAACUGUAUGGGAACACUGUUGAUGCUGAGCGAGCCACGCAAGAGGUCGAGCGGCAACUCGCCUCCGUCGAGAGCCAGCAAGAUGAACUGAGCUCUUGGCUCGACCGAUACGAACAGGAAGUUGAGACUUUGCUCUCCAAGCAGGUUGGAACAGGAGACAACCUCCCUGGCCCAGACCAGGAGCGUGCACGAACGUACAAACUUGCCGAACGGCUCUCCGAGCGCCUUAAUGAAAUGGGCCAGGAUCUCACUAGCAUGAUCGAGGAAGUUAAUACCGCCUCUGCAACACUGAGCAAGACUAGCAAGGCCGAUGAACCGAUCUCUCAAAUCGUGCGCAUUCUCAACUCUCACCUCUCUCAGCUUCAACUCAUUGACCAAGGAACUGCUGCUCUCCGCGCUAAGAUCACUGCAUCUCAGAAGCUGGGUAACUCCAUGAGCGGUUUCAAGAAUGGUACUCCGCGUGUUGCCGGGGGUGGCAGCGGAGGAGCUGCGGAAGAUUUCUACCGCUCUUACAUGGGACGAAGAUAG